AUGGCUGUUUGCUUUCAGAAUCUGGCCAUUGAAGAAGACUCUGUCAUUCUCUUCUCAACUUCCAAUUCCCCAGAAGAAUCUACCGCAAGCCCAUCCUCUUCUUUCUACGAUCACUCACCACACCCGGGACAACCUCAAAAAUCCAAAACAACCUACAAACUAGCCGUUAGAAAUCUUUCCUACGCCUUCCGCCCGCACAGGUCAUUUUGUCAUGACUUGGUACAAAAGCCUAAGCCCAUCAACAUACUCAAAUCCGUCUCCUUUGUUGCAAGGAGUUCAGAGAUUCUAGCCAUUGUUGGCCCCAGCGGCACUGGUAAAUCUACUUUGCUCAGAAUAAUAUCAGGAAGGGUGAAGGAGACGGAUUUCGAUCCGAAAACCAUCUCAGUCAAUGAUGAUCAGCACGUGAGUAGUCCUGCUCAGUUGCGGAAAUUAUGCGGGUUUGUGGCGCAAGAAGAUGAUCUGCUUCCUUUACUCACAGUAAAGGAAACGCUGAUGUUCAGUGCAAAGUUCAGGCUCAAAGAAAUGAAUGCUAAAGAGAGAGAAUUGAGGGUGGAGAGCUUGAUGCAGGAUCUUGGCCUUCUCCAUGUUGCAGAUAGUUUUGUCGGCGAUGAAGAGAACAGAGGAAUAUCUGGUGGGGAGAGGAAAAGGGUGUCUAUUGGAGUUGACAUGAUUCAUGACCCUCCAAUUCUGCUCCUGGAUGAGCCAACUUCAGGCCUAGACAGCACCUCUGCACUCCAGGUGAUUGAGCUGCUCUCUUCAAUGGCAAAAGGGAAGGAAAGAACAGUGAUUCUCUCCAUCCACCAACCAAGCUAUAGAAUUCUUCAAUACAUUCAAAACUUCUUGAUCCUCUCUCGUGGUUCAGUUGUCCACAAUGGCGGCCUCGAAUCACUAGAGAAAACUAUAAAUAAAUUGGGAUUUCAAAUCCCAUUGCAACUAAAUGCUAUAGAAUUUGCCAUGGAAAUUAUGCGUACACUGGAGGAUUCAUAUUCCAAAAGGUUCCUGCCUAUUGUAGAACAGAGUGAGCUCUGUUCCUACCCGAUGUUCCCAGAAGAGGAUAUGGGCAGAGUUCGACAACACAAUAUUUUGUUUGAGAUUAUGUUUCUCUGCUCAAGAUUUUGGAAGAUCAUUUACAGAACAAAGCAGCUGUUCUUGGCAAGAACAAUGCAAGCUAUUGUGGGGGGAUUUGGGCUGGGAAGCGUAUACAUGAGAGUGAGAAAAGAUGAAGGAGGUGUUGCAGAACGAUUGGGUUUAUUUGCAUUUAGUCUUAGUUUUCUUCUCUCCUCCACAGUCGAAGCUCUUCCAAUAUACCUCCAGGAGCGUCGAGUUCUGAUGAAGGAAUCCUCAAGGGGAGCCUACAGAAUAUCCUCCUACAUGAUUGCCAACACUAUUGUCUUCCUGCCCUUCUUGUUUGUGGUGGCUGUUCUUUUUGCCGUUCCAGUCUACUUCCUUGUCGGACUUAAUCCGACAGUCGCCGCCUUUGCAUUUUUCACUUUUAUUGUCUGGCUUAUAGUGCUGAUGGCGAGCUCCCUAGUGCUCUUCUUGAGCGCAGUCUCGCCGGAUUUCAUCUCAGGGAAUUCUCUCAUCUGCACGGUUCUUGGAGCCUUCUUCCUCUUCUCUGGCUACUUCAUUCCAAAGGAAAGCAUCCCAAAAUAUUGGCUGUUUAUGUACUAUGUUUCCCUUUAUAAAUACCCGUUGGAUUCACUUCUCACAAAUGAAUAUUGGAGUGGGAGAAGUGAGUGUUUCUCUUGGCAGGGUGAAGAACAUAGUUCCAAGUGUUUGCUGACAGGAAUCGAUGUCUUGAAGAGUCGAGGACUCGACAAAGAUUUGAGGUGGAUGAAUGUGGGGAUCAUGUUUGGCUUCUUUGUGUUCUAUCGUGUGCUUUGUUGGAUCAUUCUUUCUCGAAGAGCUUCAACUACAACAAUAUAAUGCAUGGCAUAGAGCUUGCUUUAUACUCGAAAUCAUCACCAACACUUAUUGACUCAACUGAGUAUAUGAAAUGUCCUAGUUUUGAAUACGGUUAUGGUAAUUUAACGAUGAACAAUGUUAUUUG